CAAACGAAAAAAGAAAUGAAAAAUAGAUUUGGAACUGUUUGUGCCACUAGAGCAGGACUAUAAAACACAACGCAACUGCAGAUCGUUUCGCCUGAAUUUAUUUGAUUAAACGCUCAGACAUUCCGCUGUCUCGCUGUCGGUCUUGAAUGUCAAAUGAGAUUCUUAUCAAAAUUGUCGGUUAAUGUAGUCACCGUUGACGCGAUCUAUGUAUCCGCAACAUUGAGCAACUGUACAACCCGAUUCAAUGAAAAUCGUGCUAGAAUUUUAAAGUCCUACAAAAUGUCGUUGAAGAAGAUCAAGGCCCGUCAGAUAUUCGACUGCAGAGGCGAGCCUACUCUGGAAGUCGACGUGAUUACCGACGUGGGUUUGCUCCGAUCAUCGGUACCCUCCACUGUAUCAAUCAACCCUAAUCAGGCAGUGGAGAUUAGAGACGGGAACAUGGCAGCUUACCACGGUCGUUCGGUGUUCAAAGCCAUCGAUAUCGUUAACAACGUGAUCGCGCCCCAACUGUUGAAAUCGCGCCUGGAUGUCUGUCAACAGACUGAGAUAGAUGCGCUGCUCAACAAGCUGGAUGGCACGGAUAAUAAGUCGAGACUCGGCGCGAACGCUAUUCUCGGGGUCUCUGUAGCCUGCUGCAAGGCUGGAGCGGCAAAGAAGGGUCUGCCAGUCUACAGAUACAUCGCCGAAUUAGCCGAGAACGGACAAUUGCGCGUGCCCGUGCCAAGUUUCAGCAUUAUCAGCGGCGGCAAGUACGCCAGCAACAAUUUAACGUGUCAGGAAUUCGCCAUUCUACCUAUAGGUGCUGAAAGCUUCGCCGACGCCAUGAAGAUGGGCACCGAGGUGUAUCGCGUGGCGGAAAGAAAAAUCAUCGAGACACAAGAAAUACAAGGCCCACCGGCCGUCAGCGAUAAGGGAGCCUUCGUGCCCACAAUGGAAGGCGAUAAGGAUGCCUUGACUCUCUUAAACGAUUCCAUUAAGGAUGCAGGCUACGAAGGCAAAAUUAAGAUCGCGCUGGACAUGGCAGCGAGUGCCUUUUAUAAAGAAGGGGGAUACGAUUUAGCCUUCAAGUCAGAAGAAUCCGACCCUGCCGAUUAUUUGGAAGCCGAGGCUCUACGCGACCAAUAUUUGGAAUAUAUCUCGGAAUUUCCAGCUAUAGUCUCGAUCGAAGAUCCUUUUGAUCAAGAGGAUUGGGAAGGCUGGCUUACUAUCGCCGGCCAAGAUGUUCAAGUGGUUAGCGAUGCUCUCACGGCGAUGAAUGCCGAGAGGAUCUCGGAAGCAAUGGAUAAGAAAAUGGCAAAUUGUCUCGUGCUGAGGAUAUCGCAGAUUGGCACCGUAACCGAGCUCAUUAAUUGCGCAAAAAUGGCCAAGAUCAACGACUGGAGCUACGCUGUGAGCGCGAGUCGCGCCGAAACGGAAGAUAAUUUUAUCGCCGAUCUGGCGGUCGGUCUGUCCGCCGGGCAGUUCAAGGCAGGCGCACCUUGCAGAGGCGAAAGAAUGGCCAAGUAUAAUCAAGUAUUGAGAAUCGAAGAGGAGCUCAGCAAGGAUGCCAAAUACGCUGGGCUGAAAUAUAAGGAUCCACCAGGGAAAUAAGAAUACGAUAUAAAUGCGUAUUAUCAACUUAAGCACAAUUCUCGAGAUCGAUCAUGAAGAAAGCAACGACGCUUACCAUC